UCAAAAAAGUAUAAAGAGAUUGGAAUUUAAAAUAAUUAAACAGUUUAAAGAGUGAAAAGUAUUACAAAAUAUAUUUCAUUCCCCAUCCAUAAUGGAAGUAGAAUAUUCUUUUAAUAAAAUGAGAUGAAUAUACGGGAAAGGAACAUAAAAUUAUUUGUUGGAAAUUUACCAUUUGAUGCCGUAGAAGAUGAUAUAAAAGCGUUUCUUCAUGGUUGUGGUCAAAUUCGAUACCUUUCGUAAAAUAAGAAGAGAUCCUCAUACUAACAGAAGUAGAGGCUAUGCCCAUCUUGAAUAUAGAACUGAAGCAGAGUGUAUAGAAGCCUUUAAAAGACUCAUUGGUAAAGAAAUUCGAGGUCGACCUAUAAAGGUUGAUUUCUGUGAUGAUGCUUAUCGUCAGAAAUACCCAGAAUUAACAUCAGAUUCAAUAUUUCUUAAGGACAAACCUACAUCAGUUAUCCCUGAUAAUAGGCAAUUUCAAGGCCCAGUUAUACCACCACCUCCACCUCAGAUCCCAAUUCUACCUAUUCCACAACCAAAUUUAGGCAUACCAAUUGCACAUCCAAUACCUAUACCUCAAACAUUACCAAUCCCUCCUGUUAUACCAACUCCACCAGUUCCACCACCUCCUUUGGCUACAAUUUCUCCCCUAUCAGGGUUAAAUCCACUAACUGUCAUCCAUAAUCCACCCCCAGUACCUAAUCUUACAGGGUUGGUUAAUUUGCCUGUUCUGACACACCCAGUACCUAUCGCUGGUCCAGAAUUACCCUCAGAGUUUAAGCGACCUCGUUCUGAUAUUGAGUUGUUGAUAGACAACGGCAAAAUCGUGAACAAUGAUUUGUUUUAUAUGAUUAAAAAGAUGUCAAUGUUGGACGUUUUUAAAUUAGUUAAAAAGAUCGACAGUUUAAUGGAAAAGUCCCCGAAUACCGCAAGGUCCAUUUUAAAUUCUAACCAUUCAAUGCGCUCAGCCCUAAUUCAUGCAAAAUUACUCUUAGGAUAUAAAGACUUAAAAUUCUCAAAUUUGACACAAGCAAACCACUCACACAUUUUCGACUACUUUGUAAUUCACUAA